ACGUAUUUUGCGAGUCAAGGUAUAAGGUUUUAAUUGGAGGGUAAUUUCAUUUUUGUGCGCUUAGGUUAUUUCAUUUUUCAUUUCAUUUUAAUAAACUUUCGGUAUCGAACUUCUGGAGCUGACUCCUAGUCUGUCCCGACCAGAACAAUGAAACACAGUCCAACCCUGCUGCUGCUGCUGCUUCUCCUGGGGUCGUGCUCGGCUUACACCUAUCAAAAUGUGGCUUUGCGUGGCAAAGCAACCCAAUCAUUCCGCUACGAGGGAUCGUGGGAUGCUUUUGGGGCGGCCUACAAUGCCAUCGACGGAAACCGUGAAUCCAAUUUCGCGGCUGGUUCGUGCUCCCACACUAUAUCACAGACCAACCCCUGGUGGAGAGUGGACCUGCUGGAGCCCUACAUCGUCACCUCCAUCACCGUCACAAACAGAGGAGACUGCUGCCCGGAAAGGAUCAACGGAGCCGAGAUUCACGUCGGCAACUCUUUGCAAAGCAAUGGUGCCAUAAACCCAGUGGCUGGUGUAAUUCCUCAGAUCCCAGCGGGCAGGUCUUUAACGAUGACCUUUACAAGACGUGUGGAGGGACGUUAUGUGACUGUGGUUCUACCUGGUUUAGGAAGGUCCCUUACACUCUGCGAAGUGGAGGUCUACGGUUACCGAGCCCCGACUGGAGAGAACCUGGCACUCCAAGGAAAAGCUUCACAGUCGUCACUGUAUUCUAAUGGCAUCGCGUAUAACGCCAUAGAUGGGAAUCGUGCCAGCGACUGGAGCCAUGGCUCUUGCGCCCACACAAACAACAACUUCCAGCCCUGGUGGCGACUGGACCUGGGCAAAACACACAAAGUUUUCUCUGUGGUUAUAACCAACAGAGAUGCUGUCCCGCAGCGACUCAACGGUGCCGAGAUCCGCAUUGGAGAUUCUCUUGAAAACAAUGGCAACAACAAUCCCAGGUGUGCCGUUAUCCAGCAAAUCCCUGCAGGUUUCUCCCAAAAUUUCCAUUGCAACGGGCUGGACGGUCGCUACAUCAACAUCGUCAUUCCUGGAAGAGAAGAGUACCUGACCCUGUGUGAGGUGGAGGUGUAUGGCUCCAGAAGAGGCGAGGAAAGAGAUGCAUAUAAAGGCCCCAGAAACGGCUUUGUUUUUAGGGGGGUUCCAGGAGUCCUUUUAGCUUUUUCGUCGAAUCAUCCGGCUCCAGGCGGAAAAGUGCUCGCUCUGUUCGGGGAUCCAGCCAUAAUGGUGCAUCUCAACGUUUUCCUCCUCCUGCUGCUCCUCCUGGGGACGUGCUCGGCUUCCACUUACCAAAACGUGGCCCUGCGCGGAAAAGCGACCCAGUCAGACCGCUACGAGCACAUGUUUGGAUCCGCCUACAGCGCCAUCGAUGGGAACCGCGAAUCUUUAUUCGCGGCCGGGUCAUGCACCCACACCGACGAACAGACCAACCCCUGGUGGAGGGUGGACCUGCUGGAGUCCUACAUCGUCACCUCCGUCACCGUCACAAACAGAGGGGACUGCUGUGAACACAGAAUCAACGGGCUGCAGAUCCAUAUAGGAAAAUCUCUACAAGACGAUGGUUUAGCAAACCCAAUGGUUGGCACAAUUUCUGUAAUUGCUAGAGGCAAAUCGUUCACUGUCGAGUUCCCCGAUUUUGUGGAGGGGCGUUACGUGACCUUGGUUCUGCCAGGUUCCCAGAGGAUCCUUACACUCUGCGAAGUGGAGGUCUACGGCUACCGUGCCCCAACUGGAGAGAACCUGGCACUCCAAGGAAAAGCUUCACAGUCGUCACUGUAUUCUAAUGGCAUCGCGUAUAACGCCAUAGAUGGGAAUCGUGCCAGCGACUGGAGCCUGGGCUCUUGCACCCACACAAUUAACAACAUCGAGCCCUGGUGGCGACUGGACCUGGGCAAAACCCACAAAGUGUUCUCUGUGGUUAUAACCAACCGAGAUACCGAUCCGCAACGGCUCAACGGAGCCGAGAUCCGCAUUGGAGAUUCUCUUGAAAACAAUGGCAACAACAAUACCAGGUGUGCUGUGAUCACGAGCAUCCCCGCGGGUGCCGUUGCUGAAUUCCAGUGUAAAGGGAUGGACGGCCGCUUCGUUAACGUAGUCAUCCCCGACAGGGAGGAGUUCUUGAGUCUCUGCGAGGUGGAGGUGUACGGCUCUAGGCUGGAUUAGGUCUGAAGAAGUUCAAAACGCUUGACUCCGAAUCACAGCUUAAGCUUCAAUAGUGUCAGAAAAGGAUUAAAAAUAAAUAAAUAAAAACGUGUAAAGCAACAAGUGGCAAACUUUGUGUCUGAAAUCACUUCCUCACGAACUCUAUCAUCAUCGCCUGGUAUGAAAGCGACGGCAUUGCAGGAUUUUUAAAUGUUAUAAAAUUUUGAAACGGUAAAUAUAGUAGAGGAUAAGGAGCAUUUUAGGACACAGCACAUGUCUCUGCCCACAGUUGACUCAAGUCAAAUAUUGAGAAAUUCUGGUUUGUGACAUCUGGGUGUAACCGUGGCUUCAGCCUCUCUACAAUAUGUCUGGUACCGUGUAAGUCAUCAAUGCUGAAAUACAAUUAAAAUCCUUUAAACAGC